CUCGGUGUGUGACGUCACUGCGCUCGAUAAGGAAGUGAGGAGAGAACUUCACUUUUCAGCGUUUCUCAAGUUUGGCCUUCGUGUGUAUUUAAUGAAGUUUAACUGUACGCGUAAGCGCUUCAUUCAGGAAGUUCAUUCUCAACUUAAUGAGCUUUAAUUAUUGUUUUCAAUUUGCUAUUUAAAUCUAGGUCUAAUAGUUUAGAUCAGGUUGAGCAGAAUGGAGAUUCCUCACCUGACGGAAGACGAAAUGGCCGAAGUGAAAAAGAAUGCUCUGGAGACUCUUCGUCCAUACCUGGUAGAGAAGCUGAUUGCAGAGAGGCACUAUGAUUACUUGCGCUCGAAGAAGAUCCUGACACGAGAGGACACGGAGGAGAUCAGCUGCAGGAGCACGCGCGGAAAACGCGCCGGUAAAUUACUCGACUUUAUCGCUGAGAACCCGCGAGGUCUGGACACGCUAAUUGAGUCAAUUCAGCGCUGCCGAACUCUCAACUUUAUUAUCACCAAGAUCACUGACGAGGUGCAGCGGUGCAAGAAUGAGAAGAUCGAGGCACUCAGAGCAGCAGGCAUGUCUAGCUCAACUAUGAAGGACACGUCGGGAGCCACUAACAACCUCUCAAAGGCAGACUUCUAUGAUUACGAUAAGUGCUCGACUGUUUGUCUCCACCCUGAUGGAGAACGAAGUCCCGCCUCUUCUGUGAUGAGCAGCUCUAUGAAUCUCUCUUUUGCUGGGAAUCGGCAGAGGGGGCAGGACUGUAUGUCAGUUAGUGGUGCUGCUAGCCUAACGACGUCAUCCAGCCUUCCCAAGCCUGGUGAUCCUGGAGCCCCGCCUCUUCCUGAUGAUGUCGCUGUGGAAGACCAGGAUGCAGAAGCAGGUGCUUGUGGGAGCACAGGAAGUAGUGGGGAUGCUAACUUCCUGCCACUGCGCUCCCGUUCCUUAAACCUGUCUGUCGACAAUGCACUCUGAGAAUUAAAAUACAAUCGCUGUGUUUCUGUACUGUUUUUAACGUGGCCUUGUCGACUUCCCCUGCGUCUCACAAUGGUACACUUCUUUAGUGCAAAAACACACAACUGCCAUGGGUCUAAAACAAUUUUAUUUCUCUGGAAAUAUAAGUUACAUUCAAAUGGAAGUUGUGAUUUCUAGAAGACUGGGUAGAUUUGCUGCUUCACAGCUCUAAAGUCUUGGUUCGAAUGCUGUCUGUGCCGAGUUUCACCCGUUUCACACGUCCUUCCGAUGUUUCCUCCAGGUUCUCCAGAUUGGCUAAGCUAAAUUGCCCAUAGGGGUGUGUGUGUGUGUGUGUGUGUGUGUGUGUGUGAGCGAGAGAGAGAGAGUGUGUGUGUGAAUGUGUGUGUGCAUGAUGCCCUGUGAUGGACUAGCCUCCUGUGUGGGGCGAUUUGUGCCACCUUGGGUCAGUGUUCCAGGAAUGGCUCUGACUAGAUGAUUGGGUUUCCCCUGACCAGGAGAAAGUGCUAACUGAAGAUGAAUGAAUGAAUUAAUUUUAUUGCUGUUUAAACUUCAGCUUCUUCCACUGUUCUAUAAAAAUGGCAGUAUGUUGUGUUCCUGAAGUCUGCAGCGAUGGCCAAGAGAAUUAGCCAAGUGGAAGUGUACGAGGGGAAGUGUACGAGGGGAUGUGUUAAAAACAGGAAUGAAGCAUGGCUGCUGGUGACAGCAUUCCUCAGGGCUCCAUGUAAGGACUGGAAAAUGUCCACUGACUCUCACAGUAAAGCUACAUAUAGAAUAAUUAACAAUUCUGUGUUCCAACUGACCAAUCCCUAGCCCAGGGAUUUUCUGGGUCCUCUAAUAAGUGCUUAGCAAUAGUUGCUAUCCACCUUUACCUCAGUCAAACUUCCAUCAGUUUAACAGGCCAGUGUUUUCUGAGGGCAUGUUUCUUAUUUGAAUCUCCAAAUGUGGCUAAAAAGACGUCUGAAUUAUCAGCAUACAAAGCCUGAAAGAUAUUAAUGACUGGAAAAACCCACACAACGUCCCAUUAAGGCCACUCUUUUGCAGGAUUUCUGCAUUAUUCAGUCAGUAAAAAAAAAAAAAAAACUUUAUACAUGUGCAAACAUUACUUUCCCUCAAAUAAUCAUGUUACAGAAAAAUAUUUGUAUGUCAGUAAAAAAAAAAAAAAAAAAAAGUGAGUAAUUAGCUGCAGAAACAAAAGCAAGUGUGCAGAAGUCAGAUUCUCCAGGACGCUUAUAAAAACUGCCAGUUUCCUUGUGAAACUGUGCAAAGGUGUACCUGAGACUACGGAUGCAUUUUUAAAGGCAAAGACAGUAGAUUUUUUUCAGUUCAAUACAUCAGUGUAUUGAAACAUACAUUAAACAUCCUGCAUAAUAAAGUCGACUGUUCAUCAUAAAAUACCUCUUAUAUUACAUGAGAUGGCAAGCAUUUAAACUUAAUCAAACCCACACUCCCUCCUGUGAAAAAAGUAACUUCCUGUUUAUCUCGAAUGAGGAGAGGCUACAGGGAUUAAAACAAAAAUGCUACUCUGAGCACUUUUCAGAAAACAGUAUGCUAGCCUUAUAGCAUUCUAGCUAGUAUGUUCAGCAGCAAGCAGGAGCUGGAAGAUUCCCUAAGUCUUUAAGGUCAGCGCCGGGUUGCAGCAAAGGCCUUAAUUUAAGAAAACCCUAAGUUAUAAGGUUAAGGAUGCCCUUAGUGAAACAUGGGUUGCAAGAAAAAAAGAGUCCACUUAAGGAACCUUAAGGCUGUCAUUAAGUAUUUCCCGUUAAUUGCUCAAGUGUUCGCUGAAGUUCUGUUAUGCAUUGCUACAAUAUUCUUCGUAACCAUUUCACCCUAAAAUAAUUAAGGGAUCAGAACAGUAAAGCAUUUGCUGAACUCAAAUAUCAAAGUACGGAGGCACAUUUUUAGUGAUCAAAAUGAUACGCAAUUAUUGAGAGAAUAUCGGUUUGACUGUUAGUCAGUUCUUCGUCUCACUGCGAUACUUGAGCCUGACAGUGAGCACCAAACUCGGCGGAUUUUUUUUUAAUACAAUAUGUCCAGUCUUGUAAAUCAAUUUAGCUUGAAUGGGGACUGAAGGGUUACAGUGGCUUUGGAGGGUGUGUUUCGUUUUUGCGUAUUCUUCUAAAAGAACAGAUUUUUCGUCCUCGGUCCAGUUUGGUUUACGUUUCUUGUUUUUGGUACUGUUAAUAUUCUCCAUAACUCAAAUAUUGUAGUACAGCUGUAUAGUUGUAGCAAAGGUUAAAGUUAAACUUGUUUAAUAAUCAGUGGUCCAUUAUGUUCUGUUGAUUGUGGGAGAUUUUGUAACUAUAGCAACCACUUCCCCAAUGCCGUGCUUUGCCAGAAACUAUUACGAAAUGCUUAGUAUACACACUUAAGUAAGGAAGACAGUACAAACAUAUGGCUAAUGCGGCCCGCACACACACAAACACUCACAGCAAUCUCUCUGCUGCAUUCAGUCAGUCUUUCAUUGCUGAUUCAGAUUGGACUAAAGAAAGUGCUGAUUGGAAAGAUCAUAUUCAGUAGUGGAGAACGCAGGAUUUAAGAACAAACAUCUAGGGCUACAGAGAGCUAGUGUUAUGCACUGUGUAGCUAAGACUAAUGUUAAAUGCUGCUCUUAUCUUGUUACAGUUACCAUGCUACAAGAACUUUUGUAAGGAAAUUACCGUCUCCUUAAAACCUUUCCUGAUCCGGCUCCCUUAGAUAGCAACAGUAACAGAGUGUGGGCAGGGCUUGGGAGUAUUGCAGAUUUGUCAUCUGACAACUGAAACUGUAGCUAAAGCUAAAGCUAAUAUCGCAAACAUGCCCUCAGGAAAACUUUAGUUAGCGUGAAACAAACUGAUUCAACAGUUCUCUGUCCACAAACUUCACACAAAUAUGAUAAAGCUAAACAGUUAAAAGUCUCAUCAUCAUAACAUAACUCCUGCAUGAAAUGAAAGCACAAAUAUUAUCCAGGCUUCUCCUGUAAAAAGUAAUUGAUCAUGUUUUACAGCCAGAUGUACAGCAGUGUGUCGUUGUUCAGUGAGCUCAAGCUGGAAAGCUGCCCUCUCCAUGAGGUGGCACCAUGGACAUGUGUAACCUAGCCUAAUGAUGUAUCUAUCUUUUCAUAUCUAUAGCUUCUUUCAAUUUAAAAUAUCACAUGACCAAUAACUUUGUUUUAUUUUCACUCAAGAAUAUGAGACACUUUUGUUAAAUGCUUGUCCAUUAAAAUAUCAUUGAGAUGUAUUGUUAGUACACACCCUCAGAGUGCUAAGUAUUUGUAAUUAUUUUUUGGACUGGGGACUUUUUUAAAUGUUUUAUUAUUUUUAUGUCCUAUGCAGUUUGUAUAGAUGAAAGCAGUUAAUAAGUAUUUAGUAUUUGCAUUAAUGUUUAGCAUUUAUUAAAUAAAGGUUUAUUGUGCAUUGCUUGAGUAUAGCCAUCAGAGGGCACCCCCGAGUCAGCAUUGUUUCUGCAUUAGUGUUCAAUGUGGCACUGGGGAAAGUAAACAGGAAGUGAUGUCAGAGAGCCAGUUCAAGGCUGCUCACGGAGAACCUAUAUCUUGUGUACAUACAUUAUUUAUACAGAGCAAAUAACUUUAUCCAUUCUGGUAGAGGAUAUUAAGCAUUGCAUAUGUAAAAUACUGAAUGAAGAGACACUGUUUUUUUAUUUGUGAGUGAGUGAAAUUCAGGCAAAACCAUCACAAUGUUAUAUUCUGACAGGUUUGGGGUGCUGUUAAGUAAAUCAGGGAGAAAAAUAAGGAUAUAAAUCAAGACUGAAAUACAAUUCAUGGAUAAG